GUGACACGUAGUAACGCGGAAGUAAACAAAUAAUGCGGUCGUCUUGAAUGUAAAUUUGGAUUAAAGUGUGUAGUUUGUAAUCUGGGCGAAGGAAGCAGUCGUGUAAUCAAAUUCAAAUCAAAUGCACGCGUCCUGGCUUGUGUUUUGGUAGAUUUGAUAUUAGACUGAAAUGUUGACAGUUAAAAUUUUCACCACGUGGUCAAACCUAACUAAAGCAAACCACAGCCAUUAAGAUAGUAGUAAACCAAGCAAGUUAUUAUUUAUAUGCCCAAGUUUAAUUAUAGUUGAUGUCAUGGAUUGGGAUGCGACAGAACUGAGCAUCCAGUCUGAUGAACAACAUGCAGAAAGCAGUGAGUGUGUGGAGGCGAGAAAUCAGACUGAUGGCGAAGAGAAGGCUGAGAAUCAGACUGUGAACAUCAGCUUCUGCGGAUCCACGCCUUUGCUGUGGAGGGCGGCAGAUAUUAAGAAGUGUAGAGAAGAGGUCGGGGUGAUCGGGACUCUUGUGGGGUCUCUGGCCAGACAGCCAAGGCAGAAUGUCAGACUGGGAAGGCCACUGGAAAUCCUGCAGGAAGAGGCUUGGCUGCUGGUGGAGACUGGAAAGGCGAUUGCUUUACGGCACAAAGAGCUGUCUGCAGAUGAAGAAAGUCGUUUGAAGGCAGUGGAGUUGUACGAGGCCAGACUAGAGCAGAGUUAUAAGGAGCAGCAUGUUCUCGCCCUGGAGGACAAGAAAGCUGUACUGCAAAGAGUAAUCAGUGAGAAACAGAAUGCUCACAAGGGUAAGGAUGCAGCAGAGCAGGCAGUCAGACAGCGACUUGAAUCUCUGGAGAAGAGCUUCUCGUUCCCCCGUUCUGCCAUGGCUGUCCAACUCUGCACUGCACGUGCCGGCUUCAGUCACUGUCCUGAGGAACAUGCUUUCUUGACUGUUGAUUGGCCAAUGCCUAGAAACAAGCGCUCAGAGACGAGAUUCCGGGUUUAUAAGGAUCUUAGGAGGAAAGGCUUCUAUCUAACUCCAGCAGGGAAGUUUGGGGGUGAUUAUCUGGUGUAUCCAGAUGAUCCACUCCGCUUUCAUGCCCACUUCAUCGCCCUGUGCUUGCCAAUGGAUGAAAAGUUACCACUCUGUGAUGUUCUUGCUAUAGCAAGGCUUGGAUCCAGUGUAAAGAAAACAGUGUUACUUUGCUCACCACAGGAUACCAGUGACAGUGGAGAGGAAAUGGGAGAGGAGGUUGUGUAUUCGUCUCUGCAGUGGAGUGGAAUAGUAUAGCAUACGGACUGAUUCGACCCAGAGGAGGGCCCUCCUUGCCUUUCAGGACUUAAUAACCUGCUGGACUGAGCUUGUCUGAAGGCACAAAUAUUUAAUAUAAAAUUAAAUCUGUUCAUUUUCCCAUGGCUGGUCAGUUCUUUUCAGUUUGUUUCAGUAAAACAGCGUCUGGGAUUUGGCCAAUAAACCACAUGUAUGAUAAAACCA